AUGGUUUUCAAGAAAUUAAUCUUCUACAUAUGCACUUUCUUCAGUCUCAGAAGAAAAAAUGGAAUUAAACUACACACUGCUGAUUCCAAUAUUAAUCAAGAAAACUUGAUGAAGGAAAGAGUAGGGUUUCGAUUCGAUGAGUCCAAUGUGGAGGCUACGACGUUGUGUUGUGUCUGUUUGUCGAGUUUAAGCCGAGGAGAGCGCCGUGUGCUGCCGUGUCUGCAUGAGUUUCAUAAAAUUUGUGUCGACAGAUGGUUAAACGCGUGCCGUAAAACAUGCCCGGUGUGCCGGUUUGCGGUCGGUGUGGAUGAAGGGAAGAGACAGGAAAGAGAAGAGUUAACUGAGGAGAUGAUGAUUUGGUUUUCUUCCUUUCAUGUAGCUGGCUUCUGA